AUGAUUUCAAGUCUGGUCGAUCCGGAGCGCGCUGUCGCCACGAUUUUCAACUCGGCCAUUGCAGCAGCAGCCAUCGGCGCCGCCUGGGAAGUUGGCUUGCUCACUGAAUUGCGGGACAAGGAAAAGGUCGAUGUGAAAAAGUUCGCCACCCAACACGACCUGGACCGUGACUCCAUACAAGGCCUGGUCACCGCUCUGGCGAUCGUCGAUGUGGUCGAACGCGAUCAGGACACGAUCGUGGCGGGAACACUCUUGGACGAGGCUUAUCGAACGAAAUCGCUCUUCCACUGGCUCACCCUCGGAUCAGGCGGGCUCUUCUCACGCAUGCAGUAUGUACUGCGCAACGAAAAUCGUAAGGGGGACUUCUAUGGCCGCGACCCCGAGGCCAUUGCAUACGCCUGCCGCGAUAUCAACCGCCAUCACUUCGACCCGGUCUUCCGCGCGACUGUGGACGGACUCGAUUACAAAUUCCACUCCAUCGUCGACCUGGGCAGCGGGAGCGGCGAGCGACUCAUGCAAAUCCUCGACCGGUAUCCCGGGACUACAGGCAUCGGCAUCGAUCUCGCCGGCCCUGCGAUUAAGUUCGCCGCGGCUGAGGCGGUGGAACGUGGCUUCUCAGAUCGGCUGUCGUUUAUCGAGGGUGACGCGCGCGAAAUGGGCUACCGCGACGAGUUUGCCCAAGCUGACUUGCUGACGUGCUUCAUGAUGGGCCAUGACUUCUGGCCUCGGGAAAACUGCGUGGCGACGCUGCAGCGGUUGCGGACGGCCUUUCCCAAGGUUCGCCGCUUCCUCUUGGGCGACACAACCCGGAUCCUGCUGGACAACCCUUGCUCCAAGUACACUGUUUCUGAAGACAAUGUGCCCAUAUUUACCCUGGGCUUUGAGUUCGGCCAUGCUCUGAUGGGUGUCUAUCUGCCGACGAUGGAGGAAUGGGAGGGGGUUUUUACUGAAGGCGGAUGGCACUGUGUGAAAAAGCACCUCAUCGAAUCGCCGUCGCUAUCUGUCAUCUUCGAACUAGAGCAUGCAUGA